CUCAGAGAGGCGCGUAACAUCAGCGUGUGCAGGACUGACAGUGACACUCUCACACACGUUCACUGAUUAUACACUGCAACAUUGUUAUAUUCAUCCUACACACGCAUCACACAGACAUGGACUCAGAUGAGGGCUACAACUAUGAGUUUGACGACGAAGAGGAGGAGGAGGAAGAAGAGGACGAGGAAUGCAGCGAAGACAGCGGCGAGGAGGAGGCCGAUGAUGACCUGGGCGAGGUGGAGCUGCUGGACCCCGCGGUGGCCGGUGGAGAGCCCGACGAGAGCGGCGACACCGGCAGCGGCGGCCUGGGCCCCGGCCAGGAGGAGGAGGACUACCGCUUCGAGGUGCUGACCACCGAGCAGAUCCUCCAGCACAUGGUGGAGUGCAUAAGGGAAGUGAACGAAGUCAUACAGAACCCAGCUACGAUAACCAGAAUACUCCUUAGUCACUUCAACUGGGACAAAGAGAAGCUUAUGGAGAGGUACUUUGACGGAAAUCUGGAUAAGUUGUUUUCAGAGUGCCAUGUCAUAAACCCUAGUAAAAAGCCCAAGACACGACCAAUGAGCACACGCUCCUCCAGUCAGGAUCUGCCCUGCCAGAUCUGCUAUCUCAACUACCCAAACUCGUAUUUCACAGGUCUAGAGUGUGGACACAAGUUCUGUAUGCAGUGCUGGGGUGACUAUUUAACCACCAAAAUCAUAGAGGAAGGAAUGGGACAGACCAUCUCGUGUCCUGCUCACAGCUGUGAUAUUUUGGUCGACGACAACACUGUAAUGCGACUGAUCACAGAUUCUAAAGUGAAGUUGAAGUAUCAACAUUUAAUCACAAAUAGUUUUGUAGAGUGUAACAGACUCUUGAGAUGGUGUCCAGCUCCUGACUGCCAUCAUGUGGUCAAAGUUCAGUAUCCUGAUGCCAAACCAGUUCGCUGCAAAUGCGGGAGACAGUUCUGCUUCAAUUGUGGAGAAAGCUGGCAUGACCCUGUGAAAUGCAAGUGGUUGAGAAAAUGGAUAAAGAAGUGUGAUGACGACAGUGAAACCUCCAACUGGAUUGCAGCAAAUACCAAGGAAUGUCCCAAAUGUCAUGUUACAAUUGAAAAAGAUGGAGGCUGUAAUCACAUGGUGUGUAGAAAUCAGAAUUGUAAAGCAGAGUUCUGCUGGGUUUGUCUCGGCCCUUGGGAGCCCCAUGGUUCUGCUUGGUACAACUGCAAUCGCUACAAUGAAGAUGAUGCCAAGGCGGCCAGAGAUGCUCAGGAGCGUUCCCGUGCCGCCUUGCAGCGCUACCUCUUCUACUGCAACCGCUACAUGAACCACAUGCAGAGCCUGCGUUUUGAGCACAAGCUGUACGCACAGGUCAAGCAGAAGAUGGAAGAGAUGCAGCAGCACAACAUGUCAUGGAUUGAGGUGCAGUUUCUGAAGAAAGCCGUGGACGUGCUGUGCCAGUGCCGCUCCACUCUCAUGUUCACCUACGUCUUCGCCUUCUACCUCAAAAAGAACAACCAGUCCAUCAUCUUUGAGAACAAUCAGGCUGAUUUGGAGAAUGCUACAGAGGUGCUCUCGGGUUAUCUAGAACGAGAUAUCUCCCAGGAUUCAUUGCAAGAUAUCAAACAGAAAGUUCAGGAUAAGUAUAGAUACUGUGAGAGUCGACGACGAGUGCUGCUGCAACACGUACAUGAGGGCUAUGAGAAAGACUUGUGGGAGUACAUUGAAGACUGAGGAGCACUGCUGCAUCAUGAGCUUUUGAGCUAAUAAAAACCGUGAACAAGCGAUCACAGCUGUUGUUUCAGCCAACACAACAGACCCUCUCCAUGUUGCAUCCUUUUACAUUGCAUUUGGAUUUGUUAUUAUUUAGAGUUAAAGUUAAUUUUACUGAAAUAAAAAAGUUAUAAUAUUCAAAUCAAACUCCUACAUCAGUAUUGCAGUUUAAAAGUUGAUUGUCGACAUGGACAGAAAUGUUUUACAUCCUCCAUGCAUUAUGUGGAGAUUCUUUAUUGUUUUGGUUUUUAAGUGCUUUGUCAUUUGUCUGAAGUUUUUAUAGUUUGAGUUAAGAUUGGCUUGUGUUAAGCAUAGCUUUACAAGUCCGAGCCAUGCAGAGUGUGUUUUAGGGAUGCUUGGUUGGUUAAAGCAUUUUUUUGUCUUUAUGCCAUGGGAAGUGUGUAUUUCAAGCUGUAAAUAGCACACGUUCAUAGAACAUGGAGUGGGAUGCAUCUCAUGUUUUUCUGUUUUAGUUUUUUUUUUUAAUAUAUUUAUUCUUUACAGAUAACCAAGAAUGUGCUUAAACAACAUGAGAGGCCACAUUAUGUUUUUGCCUCAGAGCUGUUGUUGUUUUCUGUUGCCAGAGGGUCAAAAACCUGUCUGGGACGUUGCACACACAAAUCGGAGGCAGAGAAGCUGAAGCCUUAAUUAAAUGCAAAUACAGAUUGGAAAGUAAAAUUGGUUGAUUCUCACAAAGAAAUGUUCUUGUCAUAUAUCACCCUAAAAUUAAAGGGAAACAAAUUUGCUUAAAUACCCCCACCCUUUUCACAUUACUGAAAUGCUAAAAAAGCAAAACAUCAACGCAAUACAGUUAUGAAAAUAAUUCUGUCUGGACACAGUGUAUUUUUUAUUUUUAUUUAAAUUUAGGUAAAUUUAAUUUACAUUUUCAACACUUCAAAAUGAACACUUUUAUUCAAGUGUUUCUAAAUGUACUUUUUAAUUUUGUAGUUUUUAUAAUAGUUGAUCAAAAUAAUGCCACAUUCCCAAAAUAUUUCAUUAGAUUUUGAAUGGUCCUAAAACUGGAUUCCCUUUCUUGAUGUAAAUCAUUUCUUAUUUUUACAAUAAUUUUGCAGUGAAAUAUUUCAUUGAGAUUUCGUGACAGUUUUCAUAGACGACUUACCAAAUUGCUCUCAUUGGCAAAGGCAUUUCUGGAAGUGAACAUCUAGAGGACAUUCAGAUGUUUGAGCUAAGAUUGACUGGAACAUAUAUAUAUAUAUACACCUUGUUAUUAUGAACCGUCUCAUCUUAGUUAAUGUUUGGCUGAGGUUUAAUCUCUUUAAAACGGCUGUUAUAUCAAACGCACUACCAGAUGUUUCACGAGAGCAAACUUGAGUGACAUUCACUCAAACACCUAAAAUUUCAAAUGCUUUAACAAUGUUUAUUUUAAUUUUUAUUAAUUAUGUGCACUUUUGUAGUGUGAGAGGGGGCAGAUGAUAUGUUGAAAGCACUGUAUUUAUUUGUAUUUCUUUACAUGACUUCCAAGUGGUUGUGACGCUUACUAGUGCUGACUAUAAAGUGCUGUGUGGAGUAGAAAUAUCUGAAACCUUGAGUCAAACCUGGUUGUUAUGACCAAAAAGUUAGUUUUUUUUUUCCUGUAAAGCUAAUGGCAAAUUUGAACACGGUGUUUACACUAAUAUCAGAAAUUGCAGCGGACAUCAAGUUCAGUACAAAAUGUGACCAGAUGGACACCACGUGUUUUAUGUUUUUGUUUGUCUGCAAGAGCUUGCUAACAGUUUUUACUUCCUUUUUCAGGUCAUUUCUUCACCCCAUGUGAAUGCAUGGUAAUAAUUCUCAGUGCAUCAAACACAUAUGCAUCUGAACUUGGUUUAUUUGGUAGUUGUAUGGUAGUACAAAAGCUUCUACUAAUUCUAAAGUCACACAUUAUGGCCUCCGUGAUUGGUACCUGGAGUUUUUUUGCUCAUGUCAGUUUUGUUGUUUUGGGGGGGGGGAACAAACAAACGAAGGAACAACAGCAUUGCCUGUGCUGACAGAUGGGAUUUCUUCACCAUAUUGUGAAUCUGAAAAAAAUAAAAUAAAUGAACACUGAUUUAGAGAAGUGUUCAUCUACAGUGGCUUUUCUGUGUUAUAACCAUUCUUACAAAAAUACCUAUUUAAAUAAAUCUCAU